AUGGUGAAUGUAGGCACCACAAACAAGAGCCAGAAUGAUCAAGGAUCUGAAAUUCCAGAAAUUCCAGACAACCAAAGUGAUCUGAGACACAGUGAUAUUACAGAUCUCCCCAAUCCAACUACACCAGUUGUAUCAGGAAUCCUUGAAAAGAGGAAACAAAGCAUCAAUGCCAGUCAGCAAUUCUCAAGAAGGGGCUCUGCUAGAGAACUUCACUCUCCACUUCCAAGAAACCCUGCUCCUACGAAUAGAGAAGCAUCUGAAGAACCUGAACAAACCAAUGAACAGAAAGUCACAGAUAAGCUAAAACCAUGGGUUCUUGAAAACAAGGGCUCUGUUGCACGAGACCAUAUGGCCAAUGAACGGACCUUUUUGGCCUGGAUGAGAAGUGCUCUUAUGACACUUACUCUAGGUGUCGCUUUCAUUCAGAUGUACUCAAUUUCUUCCAGAGCCACGCAUGCGUUAGUGAAAGAUGCAGACGAUAAGUUGAGGCAAAAGUUGACCCACGAGAACGCCGGUCUUGAUGUCUUGGCCAGACCUUUAUCCGUCAUUUGUGCUGUUUUCGCUGCUUUCAUGGUAUUUGCUGGCUACUGGCGGUACCUUAGGGUGCAACAUGCAAUGACCAAGAAUCAAUUUCCUGUGAGCCGGGCAUUCACGCUUACCGUGGUAUUGUUGGCGUUGGUAGUGCUUGGUCUAGUUCUCGGGCUAGCGAUCAAGACGGGUGGGUAA